AUGAGUUAUACUUCACGAAUAACAGAUGAUGUUGUCAGGAUAUGCUGGAAUAAUACGGUGCUGAUGUCAGCUAAUAAGGAAUAUAUCAAUAUGUAUCAAGUAUUUGAUUUUAUCCAGGAACUUCAGGUGUUUUUAUCAGUUAAAACCUUGCUUAAUAUGGAAGAAUUACAGAUGUUAAAGGAUAUGGCAGAAAGAUCACCUACUUCGAAGCUUCAUAAAGUUGAAUUGAGCAAGUUUUUAAGUAAAUUAGUGCUGGCGCCGAAUUUAGAAGUAUUUUUGAGAGAACGAUCAGGCAUAACAUCACUGGAAUUACAAAGAAUGAUCCGAAAUCAUGAGAGAUCCAAGGUAUACGAUGAUUCCAUCAGGCUUCAAGCUUCUUUUAGAAAGCCAUUAUCGCCCUAUAGCACAGAACGAGCUAGUAAAAGGGACUUUCCUACGAAACCAAUAAAUUCAGCACCAUUAUAUAACGAUUUAACAGACAAAACCAAUUAUUCAAGCCGAAGAAACCCAACAUCAACCAGACAUGAUUUCAAAUCGAUCAUAUCGCCACCAAUUUCUCCGGUCAAGCUAAGUUCAAGGUUAAGAUCAAGAGAUGCAACGGAAACAAAUGUAUUUAACAACAAUAGAGAGUUGAAUGAACUUCGAAGAUUAUUGAAAAUCAAAGAUCAGCAGAUCAAUGAACGAGAGAAGCAAAUCGAAAUGAUUUCAGAUGAAAAUAGUCGUCUUAGUUUAGAAAAUAGACGGCAGAAAUCCAAGCUUAUGGAAUUUGAUAAUAAUAAAUUAAAUUUGACCAAAUAUAUUGAAGCUCUUGAAUCACAAUUAGAAAAUAAACGGUAUAAUAAGAAUCCAAAUGAUCAAAAUGAAAGGCUUAUGAUCAAAGAACUUAUAAAUAAGAAUUCACAGCAAGAAAUAUGGAUUAAAGAACUCGAAAUAGUAUGUGAAAAGUACCAAGGAGAUAUUAAGAAAUUUACCAAACAAGAUGAAUCUAAUCAAAAAUUAACCCUAGAGUUGAACCAAAGUUUGAUCAGACAAAAAGAUUUAAUAGAUGGAUUAAAGGCUAAAUUAGAGCUCAAGCCAUCUUUUAAUAAUGGAAAGAGUGAAAAGCUUGAAAAAUUCUUACGAAAUCUUCCAUUCAUCAAACAAUUUUACAUUUAUCAUAAGUACCAACGAGAACAUAAGAAUUUUGGAAUGAUAUUUAUCAAUUCGAUAACAUUGCUAUUCACAACUAUCAUCAUAUUGAAUAUGUUCAAGUUAUUGUUAUACAUUACAGUAUCAUUCAAGACAAUUGGAGGAAAUAACGAUAACUUACUUGACUAUGUCUAUGAAGAAGAGAAAAGAUCAAUUUGGUCAACCGAGUAUUCAGAACCAAAAAUUGAAGGAUGGAAACAAAUACCGUGGUUAGAGUAUAUAGCUUAUAGAAUUCAAGAUUGGUUAUAUGAAUAG